AUGAAUUUUUCGCAAUGUCUUCCUUACGUGAUUGCUGCUAAUUUGUGUCUGUUCUCCAACUCCUCUCUUCCGCCUCCAGCUUCCCUCUGGCUCGGCGGUACAGUCUCGGCCGCCAACAAUGGUCACGAUGGCAUCCAACUGGGCUGCGACCCCCGUUUCCUCUACAAGCCAUUGCCUGUCAACGAGUCGUCCACAAACAGGGCAGGCGGCCCUACCACGGGACCUCGCAGACCACACCACUUGGGCACCGGUACCUGUGCCCUCUACACUGGCGCCUCAAUCGACUACACCUCAGUUGAUGCCUGCUCGAGUCAGGAGGAGGGCGCCUGCUUGGCCGGCUUCUCGGCAGACCUAGUUCCCGGCAAACGAUUCGGUGAAGUCUUUGUGGCCCUCGGGAUGCCGGGAAGUUAUCUGACCGAAGGAAAUGUUUUCCUCGGGCACUAUCUCGGCAAACGGCAGGUCAGUGGGUUCCGGCUAAAGAGCUCGCCGACAGACUUGGCACAUCGCGGCUUCAAUCUGGGCUAUUCCAUCGCCCUGGAUCGACUGGAUCGGCUCCGCUUGCCGGAGUCAUCUGAAGAGGGUCCGAAACCCAACAGAGAGCAGCUGAUGGAAACUGACGAGCCGGAGGCAAGAGCCACUGGAACAAAUUGGCGAAGCCGAAUCACACCGAGCGCUGACCCGCAGUCAGGCGAGGCUGGACGGCUGACAAAUGAGGAUGUGAUGAGAUUGAAAGCGAAGGAAUUGGCCCAAACAAACUCUGCCUUUGCUGGUCCUUUGGACGACACCUACCAAUCGGCGUUUGGCGGUAGACCACUGAGUGUGAUCACUUCCAGUCCCAUGUGGGUGGACAACGAGUAUCGAGGCAUUGUGAUGAUCCUUAAUCAGGCCCUUGACUUGGGAAAAGUAAGUUGGCGUCUACGAUUUAAAACACUCGCAAACUACCAACCCAAGACAUUUGUUUUUCUUUACUCUUCCACGUUGCGCUAG